AUGGGUGAUAUUAUACCUCAUGAGAACCUGGUUGUUAAUGUUUUUUUGUCUUGUAUUUGCCGGGCUGGGCUUGAAGAUGAGGCGGGCCAGAGGGAGGAGGACUGGGAUGAUGAUGAAAUGGGAGAUGAUGCUAGUAGCAGUAGUAUAUAG